AUGGUGAAGAUCAACGCGGGCGAAGGGGAAGAAAUUGCACGGAAGGGAAUCUGCAAAAAGGACAUCGAGAAGAAGUACGAGAGGAGCAGGAUGGCGGUGGAGGGCGGCAAGAAGUUGUCCGCCAGGAAGAAGUUCGGGCAAGACAAGGAAUUGAGCGCGAUGCGUGAGUCGCAGUGCGGGAUGGGCACCGGCAUGAACAGUGGUGUGUGCGGCGAUGUGGGAAGAACCCUACAGGGAGACCAACUACGCAGACGUGCACAUGACGGAGAGGAAAGCAAACAAGACGAUCAAAUGAACUACGAAGUGGUGCGGAACAUCAGCAGGAACCUGAACAGGCAGCUGAGCAGAGGCGUGGGAGACGAGUGUGUAAAAAACUUGGUGACGCAAGUCAGUUACAGUCACCUAUUCACGCUGUUGAAAAAUAUAUUAACGUACCUGCCAUUUUCUAUUAACGACUACCUAAUAGGGACGUUGGAACUGAAAGAAAUUAUAGACAGUAAGUAUAACACCUGCUUCCAGCUAUACAAGAAAGAAGAACUCAUGAACCACAUCUACGAAAACGAAUCCAAAAAUCUAGUGGACAACAAGGUCUUCAACUUAUUUUGGAAGUACAAAAUAAUGAAAAAUAAAAAGGGGCCAUUAAACCACAUGCACGUGCUCAAUUUUCAAGAAAGUGGUAAUGAACCCAACCUGGAAAAUAUCCUAAUUGACAAGUCUCGAAUUUUUAUGUACAAAAUACAUUCCUUUAUAGAAGGAAGAGAUUUAAACCUUUCUUAUAUAUACGAAAUUUGUCACGGGUUGGGAUACAAAACGGAAACCUUCCUUCUGUCCGUUUUUAUCUUCGACUCGUAUAUGCAUAGUAUUAACAAAAUGACGGAGAAAAAUCAUUACAGGAAAAUUAAGCUGCUAGUGAUUAUCUGCUCUAUUUUGCUAGCCUUGAUAAAGACGCAGGUGUUUAACGGAUCCAGCAUCAUGUAUUUGAAUGACAUCCUUUACCUUGUGAAUAAACUUAGACACGACAAAGUGAAUUACACUUGUAUCGAAAUUGCGAACAAGCAAAUGGAAAUUAUCAAAUUUCUUCCACUUAAUUAUAAUAAUUAUUGGACGUACUCAGAGCUAACUUAUGUUUAUUUAAUUAAUUUAAAAAGCUGUUCGAAGAAGUAUCCAGCCAUUAAGAUUUACUACAUUUUUCUGGAACACUUUGGUUUUUUGUAUUUCCUGUUUGACGUCAUUUACGCGUAUUCCAUGUAUAUCACGGCGGUCGGUUCGUACAAGGUGAUUCCUGCAAGCAGAGUUGUUGCCACGAUAAUUUUGUACUUCACCAACGCGUUUUACAACAGAAUGAGCAACAGCUUGCUCUUCCAGGAGAACUUCUGCCAGGAGGUCUUCCACUUGCCCUUUGCCAACGAUCUGUUCAUGUGGUCCUACCUGCUGCUGAACAAUUUUAUUUACUUCUUCGAGCAUUGCGUCUUUCCGAACAAGAACUACUCCUCCAUUUAUUCCAUUUUUUAUGAGACGGGCCGCAUGCUAAAUAUCCGGACUGUUUUUUGA